CCUCGACAAGCGAAUCUCAUCUGUCGUUCGUACAACGAGCGAGCUACGAAAUUGGCAUCCUCUGUACCUCAUCACAUCGCCAACCAUAGCAGCGGCCCACAUUCCAAACCAGCUCAGCAACCCCGACUCGGCCGACCCAACCCGAGGAGUCGCUACCUACCUACCUACCGAUCACCAAACUCGGCAUCAAACUAUGACGGUCGACGCCCACAUCACGGACCCCGCUCUGGCGUCUGUCGUCGAGACGUCCAGGGCGGCGCGGGAGCAGGCGCAGGCCCUCGUCGACCUGAUCGCGCAGGCGACCGCCGCCAAUCCCGACGGCGCCAUCCCAGCCGAUGCGCUGACCGAGAUCUCGAGGCAACAGAAGCUGCUCAACACCAACAUCGCCCACCUCCGCGGGCUGCACCGGGCCGCCCACUUUCGCGCGCGAGAGACCAAGAGCAGAACGGCCGAGGCGCGGCACGAGGUGGACGUGCUGCACCUGCAGCUGCAGAAUCUGUACUACGAGCAGCGGCACCUCGAGGGCGAGAUUGCCGCCUGCGAGGGGUUCGACCACACGUACCGGCUCUUGCCGUUGAUCCCGGUAGAAGAGUUCCUCGCCCAGCACCCCGAACAUGCCGACGCAGACGAGAACGCGCUGAUGGUGGCGCGGAUCAACCACGAGCGGGCGGAGCGUGAGGCGCUAGAGCAGCAGCGGCUGGAGCUGCAGAAGCGGAAGCAGAAGCUGAUCGCCGAGAACAAGAAGCGGAGAGACGACCUGGCAAAUCUAGACAGGGAUCUCGAGAAAUUCAUCGAUGCCGCAAAACCUAUCCAGAAAAUGUUUGAGAAAGUGGUUUGAACUCUCGUGGGCGGGUGAACAACUAUCCUGCAUCAUGGAGGUCAUCUGGCUGCGGGCAUGCGAUCAGAGGCGUCUCGAGAGAGAAACCACCCACCCACCGCUCUUUCUGUAGGAACUCGGCCUAUGUUCUCAAGACAUGGGCGUGUGGUAUUGUGGCAAACCCAGCCUGAAGUCCACGAUGCAGUCCGAGCAAUUGGCCCUGGGAUUGGACAUCACGACCGCACCGCAUCAGCCAGGCCGAGCCUAGCUUAACGCCAUAACGCCGAGGGCUCCGCUGCUACGUGAGGGCGCGGUUGGUGGCUCUUGAUUAGGAGACGCGACCAGCCAAAAUCGCGAGUUUGGACGGCUACCAGGCAAACCAGGGGAGUGAAUUGGAAAGCAGAGGGCCUUAAAGGGGUUCCCAACGCAGCGGUUUCGAUUUGGUUGAUGCGGUCGUGUCUGGGGCCGUUGGGAUCGGGAGGUGAAGAGGAAGGGGUUUUCAAUUUGUAGGCACGGUCGAAUUGGCGGUGGCUUGUGGUACUGCGUAAUUUCCUACUACCAAAGCCGAGUCUUCAAACGGACAAACGAGCCGGAUCUGUGUACCGCUCUAACACCGUCCCGGGUCCGGAUGGCUGCCCUGCAAAAUGUUAAGGAAUACACGU